AUGUACAAGGGCACGAGUAAAGGUCUUACCUCUUGUAUACUGGAUAUGGGGUCGUACAAACCGAACUCGAAGAUAUACCUCAGCGCGCUGACCCACCUCAACCUUGAGCCGCACCAGUGUGCGAUGGUCGCCGCGCAUAUCCACGACCGGCGUGCCUCGGCGACCCACGGGAUGAAGACCAUGUUCGUGCAUCAACCGCGCGAGCACAACGCGCCGAACGACGUAAAAUCUAAUAGCUCGGGCGGGGAGGUCGACGUGUACGUCGAGUCGUUCGUCGAUAUCGCCAACCUGUUGGCGGAGGCGAAGGGCGCGACCGCGUGA